GGGUUGCAGGUAGAGAUUGCAACAAGAGAAAGAAAGAAAAGUACCACUAGAUGGCCCCAUCAUUCUGCUGGUUGGAGGAAACAAAGAGCAGCUGGGAUGAGAUCAUCCAGUAGACUUCUGGCUCAACAGUGCAGACUUUUCAAUAUGACAACAAGGCUUCAACUUUAAAACCUACAGAUGACGACAGCAUAUGAAAUUCAGUCAGUCCAAGAAUGUCAUAUGGUGGGGGGGGGGGGGUUUGAACAAUACGCACUACAUUCAGGUCAGAUGAGGUCCUAUUUGACACACCGUAGCUCCCUAUGGAGAUAGUAAAAUAAUGCGAUGUGCAUUUUCUGUAAGACACCCCAAUAUCUGAAGGACAACAUGGGGUAUGAGUGGAAAUAGCUUUUGUUAGUGUAUGUCCUUAUUUCUGUUGUGGCCCUCUGAGUCUUCUGUGUGAAGCCAAGCCUUAUGAAUAAAAUCAUUAUAAUAGAAGCAUGUCAGGAAUGUACGUCACCGAGUAUGUUAUGGCGUAGCUCAUUGUGCCCCUCUUCUAUUUAGAGAAAAACACUCAUUAGUCAGUUAUAUCAUUUCUUGGACUUCCUGAGCAUUCAUUCUGACAUUUUGCUCUCUCCACUGCGCACGAGCACAAGAGGCUCGCGCCCGCUGCCGGCUGCCCGCUCCUGCUGCUGCUGCGCCGCGGGAGCGAGUCGGAAUGUAUUGACGUCAGAAGGAAAGCUGGACACAAGCGCGCGCGCGCGUGUGUGCGUGUGCGCGUGCGUAAGCGUGCGUAAGCGUGCGCACGUCGGCAUGUUCCCGUCCCGCUGUAUCGCUCUCUCUCUCUCUCUCUCUCACAGCGGAGCGGUCGCGCGCUCACGCAGCUCGAGACUCUGAAGAGAAUCCAGGCGGCGCGGACGGACGGACGCUUCAUGAGAAAAGUAUGAGCGCACACACGGGCCGCGAACAUGGAGUGUUAUGAAACCGAGCGAGGAGGCGGCGCCGUCAUUUCCGACAGUCCGAGCUCGGCGUGGAGAGGCGGCGGAGUGACGGGAGGACCCGCGCGGCGGAACAGUUCGCAGCUACGGGGUAUUUGCGCAACAACGGCAACUCCCCGCCAGUGAAGAAUUCCGCGGCCCUGUAAGAAGGAGGCCCUCAUCCCUCCGCCCCCUCCGACACCUUGAAACAACUAUUUUCCGUCUCGCCCCUUUCCUUUUUGUCCUUCUCUCCUGAAGCUCUUUCAGUGCCCCCCCCCUCGCCCCCUUUUUUUGUUUCAAACAUGGACACCUCUGGGGAGAGCACCAACGGCCAGGACGGACACCUCGACCCCAGGAGCCUCCCCGGCCGCUCAGACCUCAGUGGGCUGUACCACCUGGGUCGGACGUUGGGCAGGGGCCACUUCGCCGUGGUCAAGCUGGCCCGUCACGUUAGCACCCGGCAACUGGUCGCUGUCAAGAUGAUUGACAAGACGAAACUCGACGUGAUGGCAGCGAGCCACCUCUUACAGGAAGUGAGGUGCAUGCGGCUGGUGCAGCAUCCCAACGUGGUGCGGCUCUACGAGGUCAUUGACACGCCCACCACCCUCUACCUGAUCAUGGAGCUGGCGGAGGGGGGCGACCUCUACGACUACAUCCUCCGCCACGAGGGAGGCGUGGCCGAGGGCACCGCCAAGCGCCACUUCGCCCAGAUCGUACGUGCCGUGGCGUACUGCCACCAGCUCCACGUGGUGCACCGGGACCUGAAGCCUGAGAACGUGGUGUUCUUCCCACAGCAGGGGGCGGUGAAGCUGACAGACUUUGGGUUCAGCAACCUGUUCCAACCUGGGACAAUGUUGGCCACGAGCUGCGGGUCGCUGGCGUACUCCGCCCCGGAGAUUCUGCUGGGAGAAGAGUAUGACGCUCCGGCUGUGGAUAUCUGGUCUCUCGGGGUGAUCCUGUACAUGUUGGUGUGUGGGGCCCCUCCCUUCCAGGAAACCAACGACAGCGAGACUCUGGUCAUGAUCCUGGACUGCCGCUACCGCGUCCCCGAACACGUCUCCGGCGGCUGCAGAGACCUGAUCUCCAGGAUGCUCCAGAAAGACCCGUCCCACCGAGCCUCGCUCCAGGAGAUCGAGGCUCACGACUGGCUGCAGGGGCUCGACGACGCCCUGCUCAGCCCCGAGGCCCCGCCCCACUGGCUCUCGGGGGCCCUCUCUCCCAGCUCUCCCCGCUGCGGAGCACCGGAGUGUGGGGACCUGCUCGCGGCGCGGCCCCCGCCUCAGCAGGCUUUCCCCGGCCCCUGGCAGCCCAGCAUCAGCUUCACCCUCCGUCCACCUCCGGCCGAGGAGCCUCCGAUCGCCAAGAACCUCCCCGCACUACAGCAGAUCUGCGAGGAGGAGGAGGAGGAGGAGGAAGAAGAGGAAGAGGAAGAAGAAGAAGAAGAAGAGGAGGAGGAGGAGGUGGUGGUGGACUGUGUUUUGGCAAAGGAGGGUGAGUGGUUCGUGGCCCAGCCAGAAAGAAUAGCUGAGGAGAUGUCUGAUGGUGCAGACAAUCAAAAGUGCAGGAAGGAGGAACAAGAAGAAGAAUUAGGAGGCUUAGUGGAGAUUGUGGAGGAAGAGGGAGAGCAGGAAGAACAGGAAGAAGUGGAUUUGGAGAAAGAAGACAGUGGGUGUGUGAUCUCAGACCAGCCGGUGAGUCACGGAGACAUACCUGUCACUCAGACACCUGACGUCCCACCAUCGUCUCUGCCUGCUCUGGGGGUACCGUGCUGCCGGACGCCGCCGGACGCCACGGGCCCCGUGGAAGGACGGGACGAGGAGAUGGAACCCAACAACAACACCGACAAACCUCCCCCUCUCCUCCCGGAGUCCCCCGCGCCCGCCGUGCCGGCGUCCCCCACCGGACUCGCGCUGAACGAGGAGGAGUCGCAAAACGCGGAGCGAGGCGAGAAGACUGAGGAGGGGGGCGGGAGGGAGGACCCCCCAGCGGACCGACCCCAGCCCCACAGCGUGCCGGGGAAGCGGCACAGCAUCAAGCUGCGCGAGAGACUCUUCCAGUUCCCCCUGUGCGAGAAGGCCCUGGCCUUCAACAUACCGACGCACAACAAGCCCAAAAUCCUGCCGCUGGCUCAGUACAACUGCUGCCACGUGCUGUGAGUGGGACCUCCCCCCCCCAUCCCCCCAGAGCGGGGCGUGUACAGCUUCAUACCUACAAACACCUCCAGCGUCGUGCUUGUGUGAUGGACGUCGUGUUAAGCUAGCGGUGGUGUACAGCACAGGAGAAUGACAACGAGUAGACGGGGAGCAAUCUGUUGCUCAGAAACGAUAGCGGGCGACAGGGAGAGAUGAGGCGUAACCGUUUCUAUUGAAUAAGCUAUAGUCUUUUCUUUUUGUUUUGUUUAAAAGGUGCCUAUACAACGAUGAAAAUGGGUUUCACACUGUACAUGCAUGGCCUCCGCGUCAUUGUGGUUCUGACUGUAAAAUAAAAAGUCUGAAUGGCUCAGUAGAUCCAUGAUUUCAUAUUUUACAACAUGUGAACUAGAAUAAAGUGUGAACCAGCUAGUUUUCCUCGUCCCUUUGCACAGCCGGCUUGUCAUUGGUUCAAAAAGCUCUCACUAUCAGAUCCAUUGUGAGACUGACAGACUGUUAUGAUAUGAUGUAUGAUACUGUGUAAUAUAUGCCCAAGACUGAGCUGAUGCCGUGACUCUCUGUACUCUGUAAUCCUAAAAGUCGACUUGAUAUGAUGGCGUGUCCUGACAUACUGUAUAAAACCCACGGAUCGGAUCACUAAUCGGGAUGCAGGUCUUCCAUCGUAUUCGAACUUGUUCUUUUUAUUCACACGGAGCGGCGGCGGAUUUGAUCGGGACAGAUUUGUUUUGGAUGACGUUCCUUUUUUUCUUUUCUUCUGUUUUUAUGACAUGUGACUGCAUGUUAUUACUGUUAUUUAUCACGAUAUACCUCCAUGUGUCUUGGAUCUGACGGGGACGUAGUUCUUGUGUAACUGUAAGUACCUUGAGGUAAUCCACUGAAUGAUGAAUUGCACACAGCAGCAGGUAGCUUUAUGCCAGCUUUGCCCUUGGACUGAUGGAUUAGAUGUGUUGGUUAUUUAGACCAAAUACCUUAUUAUGUAGCUGAGGAGUCUCCCCCCCCCCCCUGCCCCUCUAUGGUAUUAUUAUACCGUACAAUGCCUCUCUGUAUUCCUCCAUUUUAUCAUACUGUAUAUUUAUAUUCCCUCUUUUUUUUUGAAGCCGAGACCAGAAGUGAAAAUGUUUUGUAAGGUUAAAGAAGGCCAAAGCUGUACAAUAAGAUGAAUUCCAGUCGGUCACUGCAGCCUCACGGGUACAACUAGUUGGAUUUGUCUAUUUUUUAUUUUUAUUUUUUUUAAAGCGUGCCAUCCGGGAUAGGACGCUCAUAUUUCAUCAGCCGCAUAAUUGUUAUUAUUUUUUAAAUCCCAUUAUUUGUUCCUGCGUGAUUGCAGCCCGUCUCCCCUCAGUGUGGUCGUGUCUACUGACCUGCGUUCUAACGAGGACCGCGUCUCCACGGAGCUGUGAAGUUAUUUUUCUGUAUUUAUUUAUUAAAAUGGAUUAAAUCAACUGC